CCGCCAUCUUUGUGUGCUGUAUAAACACUCGAACCGGGAUAGUGACGAUUUCAAUAUUUCCUAAAGUUUUUUAGCGGGUGUAAGUGAUUAAGUGAAUCAAAACAUGUCUGGAGAGAAAGUGGACGCCAAGAAAGAAAAUGCAGUUGAUGUUUCAAAUAGGGAAUCAGAAGAUGAUGCUCCACAGGGUCGUAAUCGAAGAAGUGGUGGUAAAAGAUUGUCUACAAUCACAAGAACUACUCAAGAAGGAGAAGCCCUUUUAAAGGGUUUAGGGCACAAAGAGGAGAGUGGGAGUGCAGAAGUGGAAAACAGGCGACGUACCAGGUCGUCCACCAGAGGUGUCCCACCCACUCCACCUCCUCCAACCAAGAGAGAAAAGAAAACACCACCUUCUGGAGGAAGAGGUUCGCGACGUGGCAGGCCUAAGAGAGACGAGAACCAGGACGAAAAAACAAAGGAGGAUGACAAUGGGCAAGAAACCAGUAAUGAUGCGGAAAAUGAUAAGAGUGAUGGAAAACCAGAGCCUGAGGAGCCACAAGAAAAGAAGAAAGGAAGUGAUGCGGACUCCAAGAUGGAGGUGGAUGCGGAGAAACCGACUCCUGCCGCCCCCACUCCUGCACCAGCAGAUCAGGGCUUGAGCAGUAGUCAGACACAGAAGUCCGAAUCAUCCUCCGAUGGACCAGAAGAGACGGCACCAGUAACUGAAAAUGCUGGGAACACAGAGACCAAAAGUUCAGAUGGGAACCAUAAAGAAGCCGACAAACAUCCAUCUCUGCCCAAGGAUACGGCUGAUGCCGCUGAGAAACCGGCAUCCGUGGCCGAAAACAACGCGGUUAAUGACGAUGAGGAAGCUCCUAGUGGCGAGGAGAAGCCUGCCCCAGUCCCAACAAUACCAGCAUCUGCAACAACAGCACUUGUCACGCCGACAACAGAUGGAGCCAGCGGCGAGCCCAGGAAACCUGCCGUCAAUGUUGUACCCCCCACCAUUGAAAACAACAAGGUUACUGCACCCACAACCACAGUGACGGCAUCGACAGAAGAAGGGAAGCAGAAGGCAGCAGAGUAACAGUCAUCGCUGGGCUUCGUGUACCUGAUUUUUAUAUGAUAUCCCUUUUGACGCUGAGUCGUCAUAUUUUAAAUACAGUUUAGAACAAGUUGUACAGAAGAUGAGUGAGAGAGCGAGCGAGAGGGAUAGAACUUUUGCCCUGUAAAAAAGCAAGAAAAUGAUUUAAAAGAUAUAAUAUAAAAAUGGGAGUCUUCAAUAGUGCUACAAUAUUGUGUGUGUUUCAUCUUAUUCUUGACAGUGAAUUUGUUGGUAAGUGCUGAUCACCUCCACCCCACGUGAGUCCCAAAUUAUCCUGCACAGCAUUUCUCAGACGCUGGUGUGAUUUGGAAAUGGCAUCUCUGGAGUUCAAACAUUUUGUAUUUCUCCUUCAUUCUGUUCUUAUCUCGUUUUCUUGAUCUUUCAUAGUUUUAUAACAUUGUCAGUCAGUUCUGCGUGUUACUGAAACCCUGUUGGUGGAAGAUGCAUUUCGUAGUAUGUUCAAAAUGUUUAUACAUUAUAUCUUACUUUAAAAAGGCAAUGUUGUAGACAGAUUUAAAAAUAUGUUUGUCACUUCAGAAUGCCUCAGUGAGGGUCUGUUGGCAUAUUUUCGCAGCCGUGGAGUGUGUUGAAUUUUUAAUAUGUGGAUGUUUGUUGCAAAAGUAUGCCUCUUCGUGUUCAUGCUUGUGGCUGUAAGACGGGCCCUGCAGUUUGUUGGCACCAACUCAGGUAAUUCUUCAAGAGAAAACAUGAAACAUGGACAUAGUGUCUGUUGUGAGUGGCAGGCACAAGUGUGUCACGAAUCACCCUCUUCCCGAGUGAUCGAAGACCAUACCAGAUCUCCAGCAGCCUCCUUUACAUUGUUUUUGCCUCAUCUCUUUCUAUACCACCUUUCUGUGCAAUGUGUUUCUUUGGUGCCUGACCUCAGGAAGGCAGUUACGUGGGGAAGGGGGGAAGGUACGUGUUAGGUUCGUAUCUUGUUGAUUUUCAAAAAAACCAGGACAUACACAAUCUAUACUUUUAAAGUACAUGCUGUGUAGAGUGAAAUGGUUUUUUAUUUUGCAUUACAUUACAGUGCAAAUUAUAAAGUUUGUAAAAGUUAAGGGAGGAGUUAUCAAUUUUAAAGUACUGUAGGAUAAACUUACAUGAAUUUAUAGAAAUUAUUUUAAAAAAUGUUUGUUUAGAGUUUUUCUUUUUUUCUUUUUCUUUUUCAAUUACUAAUCCUGUUCAUGAUCAUUCAGUUUUAGGAACUACACUGACUGCUAUGUUUUGCCCUUCUGUAAUCAUAUUGGUUCGAUGUGAGAGACUGUUCCUGCAGUGAAUUUGCAGUACUUGUCACCACAAAGGUUGUAUUACUGUUCUUGUGAAAUUGUUCAUAGAAUUGCUAAUUUAUUUUAUCUUAAUAAUUUAUUUUUGUUCAAAGAAUUUUAUAGGGUUCAAAACUCAGCAGCCCACAAGUGUUGGGCCUAAACCAUUCCUUUGCGCUGUCUCGAUCUUCAACAUUCGAGUUUUGUGUCACGUGUUCUUUGGCGAGUCAUUGGGCAUUCUGGCUGGAAUAAACCUCCUGGCGGUGGUUUUAAAAAUGAAAUGUACUAUCAGUUAUAUAACUGAUGUCAUAUUUUCUUAAAUUUAUGAUGCACUUUCUAACAUGAUGGAUCUUCCACUCAGAGAUUUGUAACAUUAAAGAGCAUAAAGUAAAAGGCUUGUUCUGGAAAGUUCUGUAAUGGGAAUGUAGAAAAUUUGUUUCGAUUUUAACUGUUGGUACCAGCAGCAGAUGCUAAUGAUCCUGUAGUCCUAAAAUGGUUCUUCCUCUUUAUUUUUGAAAGUGGUCCGAUUCACAACGAAGGAGUUAAGAAGACUUGUAUGUGAAUGUGCUUUCUAGUGCAACAUACUACAUUGAGAAAAUAUGAUAUAUCCAGGUUUAUGUAAUAUCCUCAUCCAAGUUUUAUUUGCAAACUAUAGAGUUUGGUUUGUGUAAUUUGCUUACAUAUGUGAAGGAAGAAGGUCCAUUGUAAGAAUGUCAAUUAACACCAACAUGGGAUGGGAGUGAAGUCUUUGUUGCUUUUUAUUUUGUAUUGAUGUGCCAUUUCUGCUAAUUCCCCCUUCACCCUGACCAAAAUAUUGCCGAGGAGUCAGGAUGUUGCAGAAAGGGCAAAACUGAUAACAUUUCACUGCAUCCAUCCAUCCAUCUGUAAUAGUCAUUCAUUGUCAUCCUUAGAUCAUCUUGAUGUUUGUAAUUAUUAUUUUUAGUUAGGUCCCCUGUGAGCAGGUCUAUAGAAGAUGAAUGUGUAGUUCAAAUAUCUGUUAGUAUGUGAGUAGUCAUCUCUUUCUAGGGACUCGCUGUAGAACAAGUUUGUAAAAUUUCAUGUAAAAGCAGUGGUUUUAACACGGAAGAAAGUGUUUAUGAAAGUAAUCAAAAUUUGAUUCUUUAUUAUUAUUAUUAUUAUUAUUUGAGGGAGCGAGAAGGACUACUGCUGCCUCGUUUAAAAUAAUAAAUAGAACAAAAUGGUCACACUGUUUUCAUUUACAAUACACUUGUUGCCACAAGUACGUACCUUCUGAAGGUCGGAAAGUCCGUGUAGUUACAAUCAGAAAAAUAAAUUGAUUCUAAGGAGUUGAAGCAUGAGAUGUGUAGAAAGAUUUCAUGAAGUUUGUGGUAUUCCAGAUGUUUCCAACACAACGCUUUCUGCAGUCAGAGGUGCGGAAUGUACAUGUGGGAUUCCUUAAAAUAAAUUUUUCUUGAUGAGAGAAAAUUAAGGGAUGAGAUUAGCCUGAAGUACUGAGUUGGCAAAAUCUGGAACUGAUUUUGAGAUCAAACCACGCGUUAUUGGCACACCUGUAAACUUGCUGCAGUCAAAUCUGUAAAGCUUUUAGAGAUACUUACCACUUUAUUACUGCAUUACCAUUUGAGCUUGUUAUUUAUCUUCACUUAGGAGUUGCAAGAGAGGUCAGUGACACGUGCCAAAAGUUUGUCAUUUGUUUUUAUCCCCAUGUCAGGUUCUUGUAGCACAUAUGAGUUUGUAACCAGAAUAUUGUAACUUGACCACUGAAAGGUAGCAAAGCAUUGUAUCAGCCACAAUGAAUGGGGUCAACUUUGAAUUACAGAGUUCUAAUUUUGUAUCCUGUCGCAAGAGUUGUCUGUGAGGUAAAAAUUUCCUCAUCUCUCAUCCAGUAGUUUCAGUUGAAUCACGACAUGUUUGUUGCCUCUUCCCUUCCAUUGUCAUUCUUUCCUGCACAUCUGUACUUUUGGUUUCAAUAUCAUUACCAUUUUCCUAACCAGUUUUAAUUCCAUAGACGUGGCUGAACUGCCCUGCCCCCUCUCUCUCUCCGCUCAUAAUUUAUGAAGUUUCACUCUGCUUUCCUUUAUUCCUGUGUUAUCUCUAUGGGUGUUUUCUGUUUACUUCUUAAAGAUCCAUUCAUGAAUUUCUUUAAAAAGUGAAAAUUUUGUGUUCAGGAGUGUAGAGACCUUUCCUUUGUAACUUUUAAAAAUUGUUCAUCUUGUUAGUAGCUUCAGCUGUGUGCUAAUCAUUCAUCUAUUUGUUAUAUUAACCAGUCAGCAUGUGCACUCUGGUUGCAUACAUUUUGAUUUUUACUAAAAUGGUUAAGUAGCUGCAAAAACUUGAGAGGAUGGGAAGAUUGUAUGAUAAGUACUACACUGAGGUUUAGUUGUAAUAAACUUUAUUGAUAAGCUUAGAAAAAAUGUGUAAUAUAUAACAAUAGAAUAAAACAUUGAAGUAGUGUCAUUAUAAAAUCAA